AUGAGUGUUACGUCAAGCACACGGUCACGUGCCUCCGUGACGACCAUCCCAGAUUCGAGCUUCACUGUGGUCGUCGCUCUAGACGUCGGCACGGCGUAUUCAGGAUACGCAUAUGCAUUCAGAAAGGAAAUGGACGAGAACAUGGAUAGCGUGAUCAUGAACUCCCCCUGGACGGGCCCCGAUAAGUUGUCCACAUUUAAGGCCCCCACCCACCUCCUCCUCAACGAGAAGCGCGAGUUCGAGGCGUUCGGAUACGAGGCCCGGAAGAGGUACACCGAGCUGUGUAACCAGGGGAGACACGAGCGAUGCUUCUACUUUAAACGCUUCCGAACAAAACUUUUUACCACACAGGCGCUCUCUGCAUGCCUCAAAAAGCAGGCGCUCUCUGCAUGCUUCAAAAGGCAGGCGCUCUCUGCAUGCUUCAAAUGGCAGCUGCUCUCUGUAUGCUUCAAAUGGCAGCCGCUCUCUACAUGCUUCAAAUGGCAGCCGCUCUCUGUUCUCAAGGCCUCGCACACGUUAAAAGACGAGACAGGAAAGUCGUUGCAGGCCAUCCGUGUGUUCGCAAUCACUCUGCGCUUCCUGAAGGGUCACCUUCUUAAUACACUGCGCAUGCGCGGGAAGGAAGUAUCCACUGAGGAUAUAAAGUGGAUGGUCACCGUCCCAGCCGUGUGCAACGACUUAUCAAAGCAGUUCAUUAGGCAAGCGUGUGUUCAGGCUGGUAUACCAGGUGAGCGGUUAAAGAUCGCCUUGGAAGGGGAAGUGGCGUCUGUCUACUGCCAGCACAUGCGCGGUGUGGGCAAGCUCCCGAUACACGCGGCUGGAUGCUCAUACGUUGUCGCUGACAUCGGGGGGGGCAAGACUGACAUCAUUCUCCACCAUAGGCGUCCAGACGGGCGGUUAAAGGAGAUGAACAAAGGCGGUGGUUGCAUGGUUGGCGCCAACCAAGUGGAAAACGCCUUUCUCCAGUUCCUUCUGCGCGUCCUCGGCGCCCCCGCCAUGCGCGAAUUUCUUGACGACUGUAAGGUCGAGGUGCUUGAGUUUCUGCAAAGUUUUGAAGCUUCCAAGAAAUUGAUCACGAGCUCGCAAACUAAACCUGUAACUGUUUUGGUGCCAGUUGGGUUGGAACGUAUAUGUAGGAAGAAGCACAACGGUGAAGACAUGAGUGGAAUACUGCAGAAAUCAAUGUACAAAGAGAAGGUAAAAGUUGUUGACAAUCAUUUCCACUUCGAUCCAAGUCUUUGUAAAGACUUCUUUCGCGUGGCGUGCUCCGAAAUCGCAAGACAUAUACGCAAUGUGUUGACGGAUAAAAACGCCAAAGAGUGCACGGUUCUCAUCCUGGUAGGCGGUAUGGCAAGUUCGUCCAUGGUUCAAGAUCUCAUCAAGCUGGAACUAGAAUCGGGAACCAGCAUUCAGCGGAUAUUUGUUCCACCGGAGCCAGAGUUAGCGGCCUUGAAAGGAGCCGUGAUGUUCGGCCAUCAGCCGAAAUCUAUUUUUCAACGAGUAAUUCGUUACACAUACGGUCUACGAAAGGCUAAACUCUUCAACCCCGACAUUCAUCCACAUGAUCGGCUUGUAUCAAUUCACGGCGUAGAUUUCAUCACCGAUGUAUUCUGCCCGUUCAUCUCCGCCGGGUCCCGGGCACCUGUCGGUUUCAUGUCAUACGACUCCCUGACGUCAAUAGAACCCAUGCAGAAAGUGAUAGAGAUAGACGUCUAUUUCUCUCCAGAGUUAAAUCCCACCUUCGUUAAUGACAAACACUGUGCACUGUUGGGAAAGAUAGAAUAUCAGAUCCCCAACCCGUCGAAGGAGGAGAGAACAAUAUACGUUGAGUUCAUCUUCGGAGACACGGAACUUUUCAUUAACAUCACUGAUAGAAAAACUGCGUCUAGAUUUAAAAACUCAUUCCCAGAAAUAGAGAAAUAA